AUGAAUGAGCGCGAGGUAUGGAUUGCGCGCUCCCACUGGCGAUCGCGCACAUGGAUCGAUUCCAGGGAUGAAUCACACCGGCGCCUGGAAUACGCUGGUGGAAUUGACGCCUGUAUCUCAGCAUUUGAGAGAGCAUUCUCCAGGGGCAAGGGGGUGAAUGGGAGGCAGCCAAGCUGCAUAGGGCAGGAGAGGAAAGCUGUUCAUCUGCUGGAUGUCGUGCUGCAAACUAUUAACCGUGAAGACUGGCCCAGAGGCGCUGGCAGAGGUGCUGAGAGAGAGGCACCGAGCAGUACUGGAGCGCUGAGUGAGGUGCUGAGCACUGAGCAAGGUGCUAGGGCGUGCGAGGCAGAGGCACUGACAGUGGUGCCAGGCACUUUGACACUGGCUAGAGGUGUGGGCAUAGAGGCACAAGGCACCAAAGAGUUUCUCAACCACUGGCAUCAGAGGAGGUCUGCAUGGUCAUCAGGAUGCUCCCAUGUCAUGCCUCCAAGCCCCCGGCCCUUUCCAAUCCUCAGCCACAUUCCACUCCUGGCCAGCAAUUCCCGCGGGCCGCAUCUCAUCCUCUUCGAUCUCGCCAAGAAGCUUGGCCCGAUCUUCUACCUCCGCCUGGGCUACACCCCCACGCUCGUCAUCUCGUCAGCCAAGAUCGCCCAAGAGAUCCUCAAGACCCACGACAGGACCUUCUCCUCGCGGCCAUCGCUCACGUUUGCCGAGGCGAUCCUCCCAGACGAUCUCGUCUUCGCGCGCUAUGGCGCGAGAUGGAGGGAGCUCCGCAAGAUCUGCACGCUCGAGCUCUUCACCGCGCGCCGCGUGGGGAGCUUUGCGGCAGUGAGGCAAGCGGAGAUGGAGAAGUUCCUGGCGAUGCUCUCCCAGAAUCUAGGAAGAACGGUGAACAUGACCCAGGAGGUCACCGUCCUCACCUUGGAGAUCAUGCAAACGCUCGUGUUUGGGACGAGCCGGACCUUCGGUGCCAACGAUUUCCUCCGCUUGGUCCGCCAGGGGAACGAGCUGAGCGGGAGGCUACACAUCGGCGAUUACGUCCCAUGGCUUAAAUGGAUGGAUCUCUCGCUGCCCAAGCUGAGAACCUUAGCAACCAAAUUCCAUGCCAUGCUUCAAGCACACAUUGAAGAGCACCGAUCCUCUAUAGCCAAGCAAGGACAUGGCGGUGAGAGCUUCCUGGACGUCUUGCUCUCGCUCCACAACAUGUCAGAUCUUACCAUCCGGUGCCUCAUGCUGGAUGCUAUGAGUGCAGGGCUGGACACGACUGCCACAGCGAUAGAAUGGGCUCUCACAGAGCUACUUCUUCAUCCACAAAUCUUGGCAAAAGCCCAGAAGGAAUUGGACGACGUGAUCCCUGCUAGUAGCGCUAUCGUGAGUGAGGCCGACAUUCCCAAGCUCAAGUACCUCGGCGCGAUUGUCAAGGAGACCCUGCGCAAGCACCCACCGGCGCCACUCAUGGUUCCACGCGAAUCCACCGCCGAGUGUAAGCUUGAAGAAGCUGGCUACAUGAUCCCAGCCAAGACCCAAGUGUUGAUCAACCUCUACGCCAUCGGCCGGGAUCCAAACAUCUGGGAGAACCCUCUGGAGUUCAUCCCGGAGAGGAUGAGCAGCGAAUUCAAUUCGGCCGUGGAACUCAUGACGUUUGGCUUUGGCCGGCGAUCCUGCCCGGGGAUGAACUUGGGGUUGACUGCUGUUCAUCUCGUUCUUGCCAAUCUUCUCUACAGGUUCAACUGGACAACACCAGAUGGUAAAGAGGUGGACGUGGGCGAGGGGGUCGGGUUCACGCUCAUGCGGGCUCGUCCACUUGCAUUGGUUCCACUUCUCCGCAAGUAG